ACGUCAACGCUGCCGUUCUAAUUCAAGGCCGUUUUAUACAAUGACUGGUGUGGAAGAAACCCCAAGAAGCCCAACCGAAGAAAAGAGUGCUUGUUGAAGCAGUCGACAGAAUCGAUAAUGGCGAUUUUCGGGGAUUUGAGGGUAGCUGCCACUCUGGCCUCUUAUCAUCAUCUUCCUCUACGAAGCUCAUUUCCCUCUUCAAAGGUACAUUUCACUGGUUUCCUGAAUGGAGGAUCAAGUGUUUCUGAAAAUUCCCCCAAAUGGAAUGGCAUUGUUCUUCGUAAUCAUAGCAUAUGCCAAUCUAAACGAUUUUCUGCUAUUUCUGGAGAUUAUAAGCUGUCGCCGAGUUCUGUUAGCCAAGGAGUUGAGAGCUUCCUCCUGGAUGCCAUAAAUAUGAGCUUCUUUGAACGUCUAAACUUGGCUUGGAAGAUAGUGUUUCCAUCUCCAAUGACAAGAAGGAGCUCCAACGCAAGGAUUGCUAAGCAGCGCUUAAAGAUGGUUCUCUUCUCAGACCGAUGUGCAGUUAGUGAUGAGGCAAAACGGAAGAUUGUGAGCAACAUUGUGCAUGCUCUGUCAGACUUUGUGGAGAUAGAAUCACAGGAUAAGGUUCAGCUGAGUGUUUCUACUGAUACAGAUCUUGGUACCAUUUACUCUGUUACUGUGCCUGUGCGGCGUGUGAAGCCAGAAUAUCUAGAUGUUUAUGAUCAUGGAACAAUAUCAAACGUUGAGUACAAGGAUACCGGGGAAAUGUCUGGUUCUGUAGAUGUUAAGUUUGAUUUCUUUGUUCCAGAUGAAUGAUCAUGUGGUCUUUGAACUGAUAAGGACAAAAGCAAUGUGUUUGACUAGUUUUAGAAGUUUGUUUUGUUAGACGUUUGAAUGUUCAGCCUGUGCAAUGACCGCACAAUUCUGUAUAUAAAUGAAAUUUCAUGUAAGAUAAUUGGAAAUUUUGCUCUGUUUUAAUUUCUAAUAUGAUUGAGUGUUUUUGUUC